AGCUGAAAGAAAGAAAGAAAAAAUGUCUGGGGGCUUUUAUUUGUGUUGACUAAUGAGAUUAGAUAAGAACAUAAAAUCAGACACCACAAAACAUAAACAUAAACAAAAACCAAACCAUUUGCAUUUGUCGUUCGGAACUUGUUUUCUCUGAAUCAGGAUCCAUAAGGGUGUUGAAAAUUGAAAUAGCUUCUUUUCUCUUUAGGGUUCUAUACUUCAAACAACGUUCUUUAUGAUCUAAUCUAUCAUUUGAGGUAGUUGAUUGAAAAAAAAUAUUCUUGAUCUACUUUGGUUGUGAUGAUGGCAACAGCGGGUGUAGCACCUGCUUCUGGAUUAGUAGAUGUAAAUGCAAGUUCAGCUAUUGCUGUUGAUAAGUUACCUGAUGAGAUUCUUGGCAUGAGAAUUAAGGAUGAUAAGGAAAUGGAAGCACAUGUGGUAGAUGGAAAUAGUACUGAAGCAGGACAUGUAAUUGUCACUACCAUUGGUGGUAAAAAUGGCCAGCCAAAGCAGACAAUAAGCUACAUGGCUGAGCGUGCUGUUGGACAGGGAUCGUUUGGUGUAGUUUUCCAGGCUAAGUGCUUGGAGACAGGUGAAACCGUGGCUAUAAAAAAGGUUCUUCAAGACAAGAGGUAUAAGAACCGGGAAUUGCAAACAAUGCGCCUUCUGGACCAUCCCAAUGUUGUAACUUUGAAGCAUUGUUUCUUUUCAACAACUGAAAAAGACGAGCUCUAUCUUAACUUGGUACUUGAGUUUGUUCCUGAGACUGUCCAUCGUGUGAUCAGACACUACAGCAAAAUGAAUCAGAGGAUGCCAUUGAUAUAUGUAAAACUUUAUUCUUACCAGAUAUUGAGAUCACUAGCUUAUAUUCAUAACUGCGUUGGAGUGUCUCACAGGGACAUAAAACCUCAAAAUUUACUGGUUAAUCCUCACACCCAUCAGCUGAAGCUUUGUGACUUUGGGAGUGCAAAAGUAUUGGUCAAAGGUGAACCAAACAUAUCUUACAUCUGUUCUAGGUAUUAUAGAGCUCCUGAGCUUAUAUUUGGUGCAACUGAAUACACCUCAGCCAUUGACAUUUGGUCAGCUGGCUGUGUACUUGGCGAACUAUUGCUUGGCCAGCCUCUCUUUCCCGGUGCGAGUGGAGUAGACCAGCUCGUUGAAAUUAUCAAGGUUUUAGGUACCCCAACAAGGGAAGAAAUAAAGUGUAUGAAUCCUAAUUACACCGAGUUCAAAUUCCCACAAAUCAAAGCUCAUCCAUGGCACAAGAUCUUUCGCAAGCGUAUGCCACCGGAAGCUGUGGAUCUUGUCUCAAGACUACUUCAAUACUCUCCAAAUCUUCGAAGCACAGCUUUGGAGGCUCUGGUUCAUCCAUUCUUUGAUGAAUUGCGUGAUCCAAAUACCCGCUUACCAAAUGGGCGUCAUCUUCCUCCUUUAUUUAAUUUCAAAGCCAACGAGCUUAAGGGAGUGCCUGCUGAAAUGCUGGUGAAGCUGGUUCCGUCUCACGCAAGAAAGCAGUGUACUUUGUUUGCGUCGUCAUAGACUUAGAAUGCUGUCUUGUGUAAAUAUUAUGUACUCCCUGUUAGUAGAAUUGCAUCUAGCCUGUUUCAUGUUGUUAAUAGUCUCUCUUUUGUUAAUUGUUCCAUUAAUUUGUUUGUACCGUUUCUACCAAAGAAAACCACCUCAGCUUUUGAUUUAUUAUAAGUUUCAAGUUGAUCCAUCUUCACAAUUUAAUUGUUCUCCUGAUCUUAAAUUUUUAACAGAUUGUAUUAACUAUUAACUAGAACAAUUGUUUAUUCUAGUGAUAUACUUAUUCCCCUUCA